UCAGGAGUCAAGACCCGCUCUCCAAAGUAGAGAAGGCGGCGAAAGGUGUUAGUUGCGUCUUCCAGUAAGAUGAGCCCACCCGACACAUCCAACGGCACAGGAGAAAGGGAGGCCGGUGAAACGGAUCCCUCGCUUCUGCUUAACGACAGCGUCGGCACGCCUGGUUUCCACUCGGACAUCACCAAGCACCUCGGAGUCCAGAUCACCCUGAUAACAGCUUAUUCCCUGAUCAUCCUGCUGGGGCUGCUGGGUAAUUCCCUUGUGAUCUACAUGAUUGUUCGUUACCGGAACAUGCGGACGGUGACCAACUUCUUCAUAGCUAACCUGGCCCUGGCUGACCUUCUGGUCAAUACGCUCUGCCUGCCCUUCACUCUGGUCUACACCCUGCUGGAUGAGUGGAAGUUCGGGUAUGUGCUGUGCCACAUGGUCCCCUUUGCUCAGGCCCUGAGCGUCCACGUGUCCAUCCUGACCCUGACCGUCAUCGCUCUGGAGCGUUACCGCUGUAUCGUUUUCCACCUGGGCCAGCGGCUGACAUGGCGUUCCAGCUUCCUCAUCAUGGCCUUCACUUGGACGGCGUCUGCCGUCCUGGCCGCUCCGCUGGCCAUCUUCAGAGAGUACCGCAAUGAGGAGAUCCCUUCGAUCAACCUGCGCAUCGCAGUGUGCUCCGAGAAGUGGCCCCACGGCACCAGCAGGGACGGAUUCAUCUACAGCCUGUCGAUGCUUCUGCUGCAGUACAUCAUUCCUUUAGCCAUCAUCAGCUACGCCUACAUAUGCAUCUGGGUCAAGCUGAAGAACCACAUCAGCCCAUCCAGCCGCAACGAUAGCAUCAACCGACGCAAAAAGACCACCAAGAUGUUGGCGCUGGUGGUGGUGGUGUUUGCAACCUGCUGGCUGCCUUUUCACAUGUUCCAGCUGGCCAGUGAUCUGGACCUGGUGCUCAGGUUCAAGGAGUACAAACUUAUAUACACGCUGUUCCACAUCGUGGCCAUGUGCUCGACGUUCGCCAACCCUCUCCUGUAUGGGUGGAUGAAUAAGAACUACAGGAAUGGGUUCCUGAUGGUCUUCCGCUGCGAGGACAAGCCCGACUCUUUCCACCCGGAGGGCUCUUUCAGGACGCGUUCCAUUAGAGGUCUGACUCUGAACGGUCGUAACGGAGGACACCCUCCCACCGCCGUGUGAGGCUUUCCCCAA